UCCCAGGCGGCGGCGGCGGCGGCGGAGGACUUGAGUGCUAGCGGUCUGGCCGGGCGGAAUGAGCGGGCCCGGGGCAACCGGCUCGGUGCGCGGGCUGCGGGUGGACGGGCUGCCCCCGCUGCCCAAGAGCCUGAGCGGGCUGCUGCACUCGGCGUCGGGCGGCGGCGCGUCGGGGGGCUGGAGGCACCUGGAGCGGCUGUACGCGCAGAAGUCGCGCAUCCAGGACGAGCUGAGCCGCGGGGGCGCUGGCGGCGGCGGGGCGCGGGCCGCGGCGCUGCCCGCCAAGCCUCCUAAUCUGGACGCCGCGCUGGCCCUGCUGCGCAAGGAGAUGGACACAACGAGAGGAAAUGGGCUUCAUUGGUACUAUCAUUACUUUAGGUCAGAGAUGAGCAAGGCCGUCUUCAUGAGAACUGCUGAGUUGCAGAAUGGGCUCCAUCCAUCAGUGCGGAUGCCUUCUGGUGUUGGCCUCCGACAGCUGGACAUGUCCUUGCUCUGCCAGCUAUACAGCCUCUACGAGUCCAUCCAGGAGUACAAGGGAGCGUGCCAGGCUGCGUCGAGCUCAGACUGCACUUACGCUCUGGAGAACGGCUUCUUCGACGACGAGGAGGGCUAUUUCCAGGAGCAGAGCCCCCUGCACGACAGGAGGGAGCGAAGCCCCCCGAGGGACCCCUCACCGCCCGUCUCCCCGCUCUGCAGCGCCGACUGGAUCCUGGAGUCCAUCUAAAGGACCCAGGAGGGAGGCGACUGUCAGCGUGUGCUUCUCCUCUCCUCCCCCGCUGCGGGCAUCCCCGGGCCAGUGGGACCUGUGCUGCCCGUUUAGUUUGCAGGCAGGGAGAUCUGCCUGGGCGCGGGGCCUCGGGCCAUUUCGGGGGCCGCUUUCUACUGAGGUGACCUGGAGGCGUUCAGCAAUCUCCUCACAGCCUGGCCCUGAGGCCCUGCGGCCAAGGAUUUGUACUGAGAGCAUGAUGAGAGGGUCCCUGGAGAAGACCUGCUCGGGUAUUUUGUGCGAGAUGAGAGGACCCGUGUGUAGCUGGCGGCUUUCUCACAGGUAGGGUUUGCCUCCAGUUUACAGUGUAAGAGAGCGAACACUUCCCUGCUGCCCUUCCUCGGUGUGUUCGACAGCCCUUCUUGCUGUUUGCUGAGCUCCGAAGCCACUGGGUUGAGCUGUAUUUAUUUGUCAGCUGCAUUACUCAUGGUCCAGUGACUCAGUAAAAGCUUUUCCCUGAAACAGUAAACAUUUCAGGUCACACCAAACAAGAGAACUGCAUUCUCUUAACCUGUCAAAAAUUUUUGUAUCAUCGUUUGUCCAUCAGAUGUGGGAGGAAGGAAGAUAGUACAAAGAUACUUCAAACCGGGGGGAAAAAACUGGAGCAAGCUGUGUUUUGUGUCUCUCACGGUAAGGCGGUGAACGUUUCAGGUUUUAAAGAUUCUGAAUGUCAGCUACUAUGUGAGAAAGCAAACUCUUCCACUCAAAACGGUCGUCACCUUAAGCCUUACUAUAUUUAUUAAAAUCUUUCGUGCACACUUUACGCUUUGUAGGUUACAAGUGAGGAUAAAAUGCUAAACUGUC